AUGGUCUUCAACACGAUCAGCUUUAAAGCCAUUAUUAUAGCAGUAUCACUUGCAUUCAUGAUUAGCUAUUCAACAUUUGGGUGGAAUAAAAACUACUUUAUACUGGCCAUCUCACUUCCUGUGGCUAGUCUUUGCUCACUGUUGAUAUUAAACACUGCAGUUUUAUACAUCUACAUCAAAUAUUUUGUCUCCCCGCAGAUCCACAAACAAAAGCUCGAUAAUAACUUUAAGGCAUUGCGAAUGACACACAAGAGCAUAUGGCCGCAACUCACAAAGAUACGUCAACAACAAAACGAAUGUCAUGAAAAGCCGAUAGCUGAAGAUAAGGACAUCAACAAUGCAUUCAAUACACUCCUCCGAUACGUCAUACGAGACUUUAUUCAAUCUUGGUACGUUAAAAUCACAAAUUCAGCAUCUGAACAAUCUUUUCCUUUUGCUGUUGAUGGCAUUAUACGUUCAGCAGCUGCCAGGCUAGCUCAGCGCUUGGAGACGGCAGACCUACUCUCGGUCAUCCUCAACAGGAUUAUACCUCGCAUGACAUCUCACAUUUCAGAGUUUCGAGCAGCAGAAGUCUCUUUGCUCGGAAAAUCACUUGAACGAUCUGUGACCCAGUCAGACGAACUGGAUCUAUUACUGGCCUCACGAUUUAGGUCUGGUAAGCUUCAUAGGGCGCUUACCACUGUGGCCAUGACAACGAAACCCACUGAAAUUGCCUAUCUGCGGCAGAUGAUCGAGCGUGUGUUACCGUACAUGAUUGACUCUAAGGAAUUACAAAGUGGACCUGUGAGGGUAGUCAUUCGAGAGAUUGUUUCCAAUUCAGUCUUACAGCCUGUGAUGGAUAUGUUGGCAGAUCCCGAUUUCUGGAAUCAGAAUAUCGAUGCGUAUUUAGGAAAGGCCAUCAUUGAACAAAAAAUGGUGCGCCAGUUGCGGGAGGUCAUCCGUCAACACUCUACUCACAAUGGUCUAGAUGCAGACGAGGUAAUGAAUGUGUUUAGUUCGGAUAAGCAAGAAAAAAAGAGAAAGAAGAAAUCAGAUGUCAAAGAGAGAAUUGGACCACAAUCACAGCUUUCCUCGGCAUUUCUGGGAACUGGCAUCUCUACCAACGAUUGGAAUCAGCAGGGCAAUCUCCAGAAGAAAGACAACGAUGGCGAGGAUGACGACGACGAUGAAGAUGAGGAGGAAAAUGAAGAGGGCGAAUCCAUGUACGACGAUUACUCCAGUAGCCGAGACAGUUUUGCAUCCUCAAGCAACCGACUCUUCAAAUCAGCAUACGAUCCAACUACGUCCUCAAAACUGACCAAGAAAAGACAACACGGAGUUGGAAGCAUCAAGAUGGGAAGACGUACGUUUCAAGACUUCCUCAAAAUGAUAAAAGAAGAGAAGAAUUUGCUGGACCUAAAGAGGGUCAGAAAUGACAUUGUUACCCAAAUUCGAAAAAAGAAGGCACACAUAGUGGACCGAGACCCUGAAGAGGUGGUAGAUGGAGAGAAAGUGCAAGAUAUCAUUGUCUAUGUCAAUCGGCUUGGUGUUGCCAAAAAGCGAGUUGAUAAGCGUAUUGCAACCUUGUCAGGAGAGCAGUUUGAUUUUAGGAAAUCAACUUCGCAGCUGUUCAAUUAUCGGAAACAAAGCACAAGCCAUACCAAUGGUGUUGGAUACAGCUUGAGUGAAAUUCUGACAAACACCUCUGGCUUGUCGUACUUUAUGGAAUUCAUGGAUCGGCGAGGGGAUAUGGUGAAGCUUCAAUUUUGGCUCAUAGUGGAAGGGUUUAACAGCACAGCAAUCUCCAACAAUGAGGAAAGAAAGACAUUUCUGCAAGACGUCAAGAUGGUGUAUGAAAUGUAUUUCACAGACACAGCUCCUCAUCGGCUUCAUAUUGCAGAACAGUUCAACAAAGAUUUGAAAAAUGCCAUCGACUUGUCAUUUGAAAAGGAAAAGUGUGAUGAGGAGACAUUUGCAAACCAAAUACGUGAGCUCAAUCUACGCCUCUAUCGAAUCCAGCAGCAUGUGUUUUGGGAGAUUGAAAAAGAGCACUAUCCGUAUUUCAAGCGAUCUGAUCUCUAUUUCAAAUUCUUGUCAUCAGCCCCACCCAUUCAAACCAACCCAAUUCCAGAGGAAGUGCCUGCUAGAAGAAGCUUGGAUGAAAGCACUCUGUAUACAUCAAAUACAUCUCGCUCUAUCAAAGGAAACAGGCCUGCUUCGAUCCACGAAUCGUCCUCAUCGGCUUCUAUACCUGUGAUAUUGACACCAACUAUAUCCACUCCCCUAAAAGAAUCAACGUCGUACUUUAACACCUCAAAACAGGCGUUAUCUGAUUUCAGUGGUAGGCCAAGGGGUCAUCAACGAGCUUUGUCAGAUUCAACAAAAUCAUCGCGGUUCUUGUCCUUUUCAAACAUGUUUCAAUCAAAUCGUCUGUGGAGCUACGAUGAACCAAGAAGCCGUGCUCCUAAAUCUAUCAAAUCAACAGAGGAGACUGAAGAAGAGGAUGACGAGGACGAAGAUGUGGGGUUUGCCAACGGAUCAGAAAGAGCGAGGCUUGUCAAAAGUGACACUGUGGACGCUGUCGAGGCAGAACUUCGAUCUAUAUUGGACGGUAAUAAUAUGGAUGACCUUGCAAUGACUGAGAAGAAACCAGCUCAACCUACAGCAGCGAUAUCACCAACUCAAAAGCCAAAAAAGCCUGCUUCCUUACCUGCAGAUUUACCAAACAAAAGCAUAUCCCUAGCGUCGCCUCUUAUUAUGAAGCCUUCAUCCUCUUCAUCUGCGCUUUUACUCUGUGGCUCUAAAGGAAUAAAAUCCACUACUGCUGAUCCAGUUCAGAAUGUCUCUGCUCUGCCAUCUUGGACCUCUUCUGGUGGCACCAAUGCUAUAUCCGAGAUUGAGCACAAUUCACUUGAAUCCAUGGCACCGGCAAAAAGCCCUUCUCCCUCAUGCAAAUCCGAGCCGCUAGCUCAUGAUUCCACGAUUGAUGACGGGUCACUGAAAGCAAAUGAGGAAAACGAAGCUAGCACGGCCGCCAAUGUUCAUUUUGCCCCUCCAGGAGACCUCAUGCUGGCCACCAAAGUAGAGCAACUUUCGGCAGAGGUUGAGAAAUUGACAGCACAAGAAGCCAUUGUAGACGCAUUGAUCAUCAAGGCAGAAGCACAGAACAAGCUGGAGGAAUUGCGCAUCUUGAAAAAGUCAAAAACAAUGUUUCGUCAAGAUUUGCAGCAAAUCCAGUAUCAAAAAUCACAGUACGAAUUGCAGGAAUCAGAAAACGUAUUGAUGCCUGAUAGGUCUCAAGUCAAUAUCACCAGCGCCACGAUUGGGUCAGACAAGAACGGCGAAUUUGCACUGUAUGUGAUAGAGAUUCAGCAAUUGGGGGCGGAUGGCAACUACGCCUCUGGGUGGAUUGUGGCUCGUCGCUACAGUGAAUUCUUUGCUUUACAUCAGAAACUGAAAGAACGCUAUCCAGCUGUGAGACAUAUCGAUUUCCCUGCUAAAUGGCCGUUACUUAAACUGCAAAAGCCAUUUGUCGAGGCACGUCGCAUUAGUUUGGAGAGGUAUUUACGAAAGCUAGUUGAUGACAAGGACAUUUGCAGCAGUCAAGAAUUUCGAUCGUUUUUAUCGCAGCAAAACAUCUUUGUUCCUGGCCCUGAUACCGAGUGGCCAUUUGGAAGCUUAUUUGGCUCAACGACCAUAUUACAGUCAUCAUCUUCGAGCUCAUCGCUUCAGUCUCUCCUGUCGCCGUCAGUUCAAAAUCUACAAAAGUCCAUUGCAGCCCAGGAUGAUACGCAGCAAAAAAAGACAUCCAACAAAGGAUUCAUGCAGCACAUUUACAAAACAGUGGCAGCUGGCCUGGAUGAUAUGUUGGUUGGACCAUCCAUGUUGGAUUUGAUCACGCAGCGUCUAGGCGAGCAAGUGAUGGAAUUCGAUCAAAAUAACACCAGUCCACUAGCCAGCUCUUCGAGUUCUCGCAGCAAAAUGGCUGAUUCCAGUGACAUCAACACAGCUCAUGUAAGCGAGCCAUCAACUGAGCUACAAGAUUCAUUGAAGGCAGAGGGCAUUACAAGGUUUACAGAGCCACUGUGUGAUUUAUUUAUUGAAAUGUUUGAGCUCAAAGACAAGACAAAUUGGUUGCGACGUCAGGCUGUGGUCAUUAUCUUGCAACAGAUUCUGGAAGGCACCAUCGAAAGAAAAUUGCGAGAGCUUUUGAAAUACUUGUGCUCAUCCUCAAUGAUUGUAUUCUACUUCAAUAAGAUAACAAGCAGUCUAUGGCCAAAUGGAGGGCCAUUGACAUUCAAAGAGGCACGAAAACCGGAAGAAAAGAUUCAAACACGAGAAGAAGCCAAUAGAAAGCUGUCGACAUGGCUACCAGAUUUGCUUGGCAAUAUGGUUGGAAGACAAAAUGCGCGCAAGGGCGCCAGACGAUUAUUUACUGUGCUGCAAAACAAAAGAUUGAAUCAAGACUUGAUAUAUACGUUGUUAGAUGAAGUGCUUUAUGCCUUAUUUCCUGAAAUCACUGAUGUCAACUCGUCUACUACUACUACUACUACUACUACUACUACGACUACUUUUACUUGA